AGCAGCCCCGCCCCCGCCCCGCCCCGGAGAUCUCAGCAGCUCUAACUGCGCGUGUGUGUUGGCAGGACCCCAGCGCCAUGCCCAGGCCCACCUCGCAGGACCUGGCCGGGUACUGGGACAUGCUGCAGCUGUCCGUCCAGGACGUCAGCAUGAAGUUCGACGAGUUGCACCAGCUGAAGCUCAGCGACUGGAAGGAGGUGGCGUCCCCGGAGAGGAAGGAGGAAAGAAAGGUCCCCCCUCCAAUACCAAAGAAGCCCCCCAAAGGGAAACUUCCCAUCACCAGAGAGAAGUCUCUGGACCUGCCGGACAGACAGCGCCAGGAGGCCCGGAGGCGUCUGGCGGCGGCCAAGAGGGCAGCGUCCUUCCGCCAGAGCUCGGCCAGCGAGCGGGCCGACAGCAUCGAGAUCUACAUCCCCGAGGCCCAGACCCGGCUCUAG